UGAGUAAAUUUCAUCCAUGUUUUGAAAUCUGUGAUAUUUCCUGACUCCGUUCACCUUUGUUACUGAAAUACACAGUCAAACCUGGAGUAGAUAUUACUCCUGACUCACAAUACCUCUAUCGAGGUUUACCUGGAUUGGUAAAUACUCCUUUGCUUAUAUCAGAUAUUGUUUACAUGUUGUAAAGUUUGUUUUUCCCUCUUCGGUUGAAACAUGAGUGGACGAGUGAAUAACACGAUCCCGAUCCAGUCGACGGCAGGGGCCGUGACGAUUAAGAAUGAAAAGGGAGACAUCACGAUGCAAAAGGUGAAAGUGAAUCGGUAUGUGACGGGUAAAAGACCUGACUACGCUCCCGAUUCUAGCAGCGAGGAAGAAGAAGAGGUUGAGUUCAAUUUCGGACCGAAGAAGGUACGUGAUGCUCCUAAACCGGUUCUUGUUGAUAACAAAUCCGAAGAUCCUCGUUUGAGACGGUUGAAAGAGAGAACGAUUGAUGAUGAUAGCGAUGUGGAGGAUCGGGUUACGAGACAUCGUAGGGAAGUUAUUGAGCCAGAAGUUGUCAUGGAAGCAUCCGAAGAUGAAAUGGAUGACAGGCACCGGCGAGAGGAAGAGGAAAGUAGCGAAGAAGAAGAAUUGGAUGAAGAAGAAAUCGAGAGAAGGAGAGAAUUGUUAAGGCAACGGGCCUUACAAAGAAAAGAAGAAGAGGAAGAAGAAGUUAUGGACCUUGAAGAUGAAAAAUCUGAAGGCGAAAGUGAUGAAGAAUCGUCUGAAUAUGAGGAAUAUACCGAUUCUGAAGAAGAAACUGGGCCUAGAUUAAAGCCUGUUUUCGUUAGAAAGAAAGACAGAAUCACGAUCCAAGAAAAAGAGAAGGAGGACUUAAAGGCACGCGAACAAGAAAUCGAAACGAAACGAAUGGUGGAAGAAAGACGACGACAAACGCUAAAGAUAAUUGAAACAGAGGCAAGAAAAGAAUUAGAAGAGACGAAAGAGGAAGAUCCGUGUGAUGCUGUGGAUACGGGUGACGAAAAUGAUGAAGAAGAAUACGAAGCCUGGAAAGUUCGUGAGUUGAAACGCAUGAAGCGUGACCGAGAGGAACGAGAAGCUCUGGAGAAAGAAAAGGGUGAGAUCGACCGAUUACGAAACAUGAACGAUGAAGAAAGACGAUCAGAACAGCGAGCUAAUCCUAAGAUUAUACCCAACAAAGCACCUAAAGGACGAUAUAAGUUUCUUCAGAAAUAUUAUCAUAGGGGUGCGUUUUUCAUGGACGAAGAAGAUACUGUUUACAAGCGGGACUUUUCAGCACCAACUUUGGAAGAUCAUUUUGAUAAGACUAUUCUACCUAAAGUCAUGCAGGUGAAGAAUUUUGGUCGUUCUGGACGAACCAAAUAUACGCAUUUGGUUGACCAAGACACGACUCAGUUCGAUUCUCCUUGGCUGGCCGACACUGCACAAAAUCUUAAAUUCCAUACAUCAAAGGGUGGUGGCAUGAAACAAGUGUUUGAAAGACCAUCGGUCAAAAAACGGAAAUAAUAUUUAAAGACAUGACAACUAAGUACAAACUUUUACAAAACACCUGUGACUCAAACAAAUUACUUUUACAUUCACUUUUUUUUUUUUUUUUUUCUUAAGGGACACAAAUUGUUUUCUUUCAAAAGGGGACAAAUAUUAUUUUUGUUGUUAAUUUAGAAAAACAAUGCAGUGAGCUGGCAGAAUUGUUAGCAAGCCGGACAAGAUGCUUAGCAUCUGUCUUUACAUUCUGAGUUCAAGUUCUGCUGAGGUCUACUCUGCCUUUCCUCUUUUCAUGUCGAUAAAAUAAGUACCAACUAACCGCUAGGGUCAAUGUAAUCAACUUACCCCUUACCAUUGCUGGCCUUGUGCCAAAUUUUGAAACCAUUAUUAAUUUAAAACAUAUCAAGGGCAGAUAGUUUAUUUCUAAAUUUCAUUUAAUAUCUAGAAAGUACAGGUACAACUUAGAUUUUCCAGAACCUUUAGUUCCAAAACCUUUCCAGAUUAUGGAUUACCAAGGGUGGUCACCUUCUAUAUUAAAUAUUAAAUUUACCUGAAUAACUGAAAUACCUGUAUAUUAGUUAAGAUGAUACAAGUUCAUUAAUGUUGUACUAUGCAAGGCACUAGUAAACUAAUCUGGUGGGAAUUUGAAGUACCUGCUCGUUAAUUAGAGCAGGUUAUAAGAGGUUUCUGGAAAGUUGUACCUGUAAUGUCAUUAGUUGUCUAAUACAGAAACAGUAUAGGUUAUCUCUUUGUCAACAUUAUUUUAAAAUACUUUGAUGUGUCAUUAAGUAAAUAACAACUGCAAGAAAAUGUUUUAUAUGUUUAUUAACAAAGAUAUAUAAGAUAGUAAGUCUUUUAAUUUUCCGAACUCUUAGUUGUACCCCAGACAUUCUAUAUCAAAAACUUUGGCAUCAACAAAUUUUCAUACAAAAAAAAAAAUCAUUAUUUAAUUUUUUUUAUAUAUAUAUAUAUAUAUUCAUCAUUUGUCAUCAUAAGCAAUAAACAGUCUUUUGAUUUUUCUAAAAUACA